GGCAGGCGUAAGUGGCUUCCCCGCCCACCCAUCACGGGACCCGAGUAUUUGCUUGGGUCUGUCGGUAUAUUGCAGUAAGCCAAGAGUCCAUUUUGUGUUGUGUGUUUGAUAAAUCGCCCCUGGUAAUGAUUGACUGACCUUUUGUGCCCUGUACGACAACCCAAAGCAUGCAUAUGCAACUCAUCAUCAUGAGCACGUUCUCGCCAUUCCUCGAUCGAACACAGCAACAACAAAGUCAACGACAAACACGGGCACGACAAGAGAAGCCACGCCCUGCGUCAACAGCGAACACAUCCCAAGAGAAUGCCGAAAGUGCACAUCAAGGUGGCAACGAAGAAGAAGCUGAAGUAAGCGAGAAUGCCGGAGCCCCGGCCGCCGCCGACGACAAUGACGACGACGACGACGACGGUGGGGAGCCACCGCACGAGACAGUAGCCAAGGCCAAGGUCGCGCUGGAGACCAUCGCCCGGCUGUACUACCUGCGCCACGGGUUCGCGCACACCGACAUGCUGCUCAUGGCGCUCGUCGUGUCCUGCGGGUUCAUGGUGGUGGAGGGCAUUGCGCGGAGCGUCGCGGAGGACCCUGCUGCUGCUGCUGCUGUUGCUGCUGCUGAGGAUGAGGGUGUUGGUGACUUGGACUCGGACGACGCAGCCGCGACCUCGGCGUCGACUUCGACCGACAGGAACUAUCCUGCCAUCAACGAGGACAGCCAGCAGGCCCGAGAUAUCGAACGAGAGCAGCAGGGCACCGAGAGACCCUCACGGGCACAACGGGGACAACAAGAACAACCGCACCAUGUCAGACCAUCAUCCGACCAACCGCGAAAACAGAAGGAGCACCUCGAGGGCCUGCGCUCCAGCGUCGUGCUCAUGGCCAAGGGCCUCUACGAGCAAGGCCAGAACCAGUACCUCGCGCGGGCCACGUUCCAGCUGCUCACGAGCCGGAUGCGGGCCGAGGAGCUGCGCGACGUCUGGCGGUACGCGCGCGUCCAGACCGACGACGAUGAUGACGAUGACGGUGAUGGAGAAGGAGGCAAUUGCAUCGGCGGUCCUGAUUUGGCAGCAGCCCGGCGUGCCCAGGUCGAGCUCGAUGCGAGACAGCCUAUCAAGUCCGAGUGGCCGAUUGGCGCGGAUAAUGUCGCGGUCGAUCCGGAGGAAAGGAGGCUGACGGUGCUGAUGAAGAAGCACAAAGAGGAGAAAGGGGCUGGAGCGGAGGUGAGGGCAGGUAGUGCUGAUAGUUGAAAGGGUUGGUUCGCUAAGGACUGGGAAAGUUUAGUGUGUAUCAAUG